GCGGUCGGGGAGAAUCCGGGAGCCGGCUCCGGCCGGCCGGACGGACGUUCGUACGCUAAAUUAUGGGCAGCCUCUGCUCCAAGGAGCAGGUCGUCGAGGAGGAGCCGCCUGUCCCGCCCAACCGGCUGCAGAAGGCGCCGAGCCAAUCCCUGAAGCAGCUUAUCACGGUCACCGCCAAGGAGGAGUCCGCGGUCGUCGUCGCGCCGGUCGUGCACCGCGCGAUAGGCAGGUCGCAGUCCACACUCAAGGGCACCAGCCUGAUCAAGGCCAAGCCGCAGCCUGCCGUCGCGCUGCCGGUGCCGGCGCCGGUGGCCGAGAAGAAGGCGCCGGUCGUCGUGAUCGCGUCCCUCAACAAGUCCUACAGCACUGCCGGGCCCACGCACCACCGGCGCGCCACCGUCGACGCUGCCGCCCGGAAUCCUGUCGAUGCCGACGAAGAAGACGCCGACGCCGACGCCGACGCCGCGGCGGACCCUGACCUGCAUGGCGUGCCGCAGGGGUUCUCCGGGGAGCACGUGAUCGCCGGUUGGCCGACCUGGCUGACGUCGGUGGCCGGGGAGGUCGUCCACGGGUGGCUGCCCCGGCGCGCCGACACCUUCGAGCGGCUGGACAAGAUCGGGCAGGGCACGUACAGCAACGUGUACAAGGCGCGGGACCUGCAGAGCGGCAAGAUCGUGGCGCUGAAGCGGGUGCGGUUCGUCAACAUGGACCCGGAGAGCGUGCGGUUCAUGGCGCGGGAGAUCCACAUCCUGCGCCGGCUCGACCACCCCAACGUGAUCAGGCUGGAGGGCAUCGUCACCUCCCGCCUCUCCCACAGCCUCUACCUCGUCUUCGAGUACAUGGAGCACGACCUCGCCGGACUCGCCGCCACGCCGGGCCUCCGGUUCACGGAGCCGCAGGUCAAGUGCUUCAUGAAGCAGAUCCUCGACGGGCUCCACCAUUGUCACGGCCGAGGGGUGCUCCACAGGGACAUCAAGGGAUCCAACCUUCUCAUCGACGACAACGGCGUGCUCAAGCUCGCCGACUUCGGCCUGGCCACCUUCUUCGACCCGGCCAAGGCGCGGCAGCUCACGAGCCGGGUCGUCACGCUCUGGUACCGCCCGCCGGAGCUCCUGCUAGGCGCCACCGAGUACGGUAUCGCCGUCGACCUGUGGAGCACCGGGUGCAUCCUCGCCGAGUUGCUCGCCGGAAAGCCCAUCAUGCCCGGACAGACCGAGAUUGAGCAGCUGCACAAGAUCUUCAAGCUGUGCGGGUCGCCGUCCGAGGACUACUGGGCCAAGGCGAAGCUGCCGGACGUCACCCUCUUCAAGCCACAGCGGCCGUACCGGCGCCGGAUCGCCGAGACCUUCCGGGAUUUCCCUCCCACGGCGCUGGACCUCCUGGACACGCUGCUCGCCAUCGAACCUUCCUACCGGGGCACCGCAGCUUCGGCUCUCGACAGCGAAUUCUUCAGAACCAAGCCGUUGGCGUGUGACCCGUCGAGCUUGCCCAAGUACCCACCCAGCAAGGAGUACGACGCCAAGCUCCGCGGCAAGGAGGCCAUGAGGCAAAACGCGGCGGCUGCCAUGGGAGGCAAGGGCUCCUUGUCGGUGAAGCCGGAGCGAAACGAGCCCACCAAGGCGGUGCCAGCGCAGGACCCCAUGGGAGCUGACCACCAGAGGAGGCAGAUGCGUAACAACCCGAAGAGCAGCAGCCACCACUACACCACGCUGGAGGACAGCGUGCCGGGGUUCCGCAUGGAGCCGCCGGCGGCCGCCGGGCUGCCGUCGACGAUUCAGAGCGCCGGCCAGUUCGGGUCGACGUGGUACCGGAAGGACGGCCCGCGCGGCGCCAUCCCGCGCACGACCAGCUCCUCCAGGCUGUCGGGCAACCCCGCGCACCUGACGUCACAGCGCUCCUACGCGCCGUCCCGGGGCACCGACCUGCACCCAAGCUCGUCGGCGACCAGGAACACCAACUCCAAGUACAAUCGCCUCGACGUCGCCGAGCCCGCCAACGCGCUCGACAGGCCCGCCCCUACCAACAGCAACAACAAGAAGGAUAUGGGCAUGGGCAUGGGCAUGAGGGACGGUCCUUCAGCUGGCCAGGGGUACGCUCGGAACCCUCGGAGGAUGAACUACUCCGGCCCGCUGGUGCCGCCGGGAGGCAACAUGGACGAGAUGCUCAAGGAGCACGAGCGGCAGAUCCAGCAGGCGGUACGCAAAGCACGCGUCGACAAGGAGAGGACGACCAACCGGCCGAACCAGUACUGAUAGGCAGACGGGUCAUUGUAGAAGCCGAUCGACGACACGGUCAUCCUCGCAGCCACAGCCCCGUCGUGUGCGCGCACACAAAGAUUUCCAUGGAUUGCACCGGCCGAGGCGUGCAGGAUCUCCAGUGGAAGAACCGACGAUCGAUGGCGCCUCGCCGGACUCGGGCUGGCUGCUGCUGCCGCCGCCGCUUCCACGGUCGGAGGGUCAGGCUUUCACUGAUCCAUGUGUAUAAUAGCAGAGUUAGAGGGGUCAGGAAAGCCUGACAAGGGAAAAAGGGCUUGUACACCGGAUUCGGAUUGUAUAGAUGAAAAUUUUGUGUGCUGCUCCCGAUCGACCUCACGGCUCAUUCAAGAAGUGAGACACGGCAGGAACGGAUCAUGCUUGUU